AUGGGGUUAUACAGCAUAAUGUUUUGGACUCUUACUUUGAUUGGUGUGGUCAAGUAUGUAGGCAUAGCCCUUAAUGCCGACGAUCAUGGUGAAGGAGGUACAUUUGCCAUGUACUCUUUGUUGUGUAGGCAUGCUGAUAUAGGCAUACUUCCUUCCAAAAAAGUUUAUUCGGAAGAAGAGCCUCUACUUCAGAAUCAGUCUGCAAGAUCUGGAAGGCCUAGCUGGCUGGGGAAGUUCUUUGAGCGAAGCAUAACAGCCAGAAGGGCACUGCUGUUCAUGGCAAUACUGGGCAUGUGCAUGCUCAUUGGGGAUGGCAUACUCACUCCUGCUAUUUCAGUAUUAUCAGCGAUCGAAGGGCUAAGAGGGCCAUUUCCUUCUGUCAGCAACGGUGCUGAAGCUAUGUUUGCAGAUCUUGGCCACUUCAGUAAGAAGGGUAUUCAGAUAGCAUUUCUGUCUAGCAUAUAUCCUUCUCUGGUCCUCACAUAUGCUGGGCAAACAGCAUAUCUCAUCAACAAUGUUAACGACUUCAGUGACGGAUUCUACAAAUUUGUCCCUCGCCCUGUUUACUGGCCCAUGUUCAUCAUCGCAACACUGGCAGCAAUCGUCGCAAGCCAAUCCUUAAUAUCUGCAACAUUUUCAGUCAUCAAGCAAUCAGUUGUCGUGGACUACUUCCCGCGCGUUAAGGUGGUGCACACGUCCCAGCACAAAGAAGGGGAGGUUUACUCCCCAGAAACCAAUUACAUCCUCAUGGUACUAUGCGUUAGUGUGGUACUAGGCUUUGGUGCUGGAAAUGCGAUUGGGAACGCAUUCGGUGUUGUGGUCAUCAUGGUCAUGCUCAUAACCACAAUCAUGCUCACUCUGGUGAUGAUCAUUAUAUGGAGAACACCGCUUGUCCUUGUGGCGCUAUACUUCGUGCCUUUCUUCAUCAUGGAAGGAUCUUAUGUCAGUGCAGUCUUCACCAAGAUCCCUGAAGGCGGGCAACGGAAGAUGGAGUACGAGAUGGCGAACAAGGUGACCGUGGAACGCCUCAGCGAGCUCCUGGCGAGACCGGAGGUGCAGAGGGUCCCCGGGCUGUGCUUCUUCUACAGCAACAUCCAGGACGGGCUCACCCCCAUCCUCGGCCACUACAUCAAGAACAUGAGCUCGCUGCACGCGGUCACGGUCUUCGUCACCCUGCGGUACCUGCUGGUGGCCAAGGUGGACGAGCGGGAGAGGAUCCUCGUCAGGAGGCUGGGGCCGAACGGGGUGUACGGCUGCACUGUCCAGUACGGGUACGCCGACAGCCUCGGCGACGGCGACCUCACCGCGCAGGUCACGAGCUCCUUGCGGCGGCACUUUGACACGACGACAGAGGCGGGGGCAGAGGAGGCCGCGCGUCUGGAGGCGGCGAGGAUGGCCGUCGUGGUGCACGUUCGGGGUAAGAUGAGGUUCUACGUGGGCGAGGACGCCGGGUGGUUCGACAAGAUCAUGCUCGGGUUCUACGAGUUCCUGCACGGCAUCUGUCGCUCCGCACUGCCGGCGCUGGGGACGCCGCUGCAACAGCGAGUCGAGAUCGGCAUGCUGUACAAGGUUUGA